UUCUCUCUAUAAACGCGCCGCCAUAUAACAGAUAUCGCGCAGGUCUUUGUCAAGCAGUAUCAUCUUGUUUUGACAGGGACGCCAUUCGGCUGCCUUUAUGCAGGUGGCGUAGCUUCAUUACUCAUCUUUAUGGCACCUUCUGGUCCACUGAGUAUUCGCCUAUUCGCCGCCAUACAGUGAAGCUCGGUCUUUGCAACGGUGACUUUUGCUACUCCCCUCUGUCCUGCUUUGCAACUCAACAUGGAGUUUAGAGUUCCCGUUGUGACUGUGAUGUUGCUGAUCGCAUUUGCAUCGCUGAGCUGGGGUCGCUACAGUGGUGGCUUGAACAAGCAGCGGCUUCGAAUACCUGCCGACCCAAAUGAACACGAAGGGGUCACGUCCUCAGAGUGUCCUUACGCCUCCAAGCUUCGUGAUGUGCUCCAGGGAGGUCACGUGCUCAAGUUCUCCUCGGAAGAUUCAGGUGCCAGGACCGAGUUACAGGGAGAUGGGCUUCUCGAUGCGAUCAAUGCCUCGGUGACAUGUGCAACAAAGGUGGAUUGCGAUCCCGAAAAGCCCUUUCGGGAGCCUGAUGGCACGUGCAACAACCUGGCCCAUCCCCAUUGGGGCAGCGCCGGCUCAUGCAUGCCACGGGAGCUGCCGCCGGCGUACAAUGACUGCGUGUAUUCCGUGCGGAAAUCCGUUAGCGGCCAUCCGCUGCCCAGUGCCAGGCUGGUGUCCAUGACGAUCCACCCGCAAAGGCGCACCGAUGACCGGCAUCUGACAAAUAUAGGUGUGAUGUUUGGCCAAUUAGUCACGCAUGACAUAUCACUGGCUGGACCCGCCCUUCUAGGACAACUGGAGACCGAUUUCGGACCGGGCCCCAACCCUACGUGCCUUGAAGGACCGGAGUGCAUGCCCAUCGAGGUGCCUGAGAACGACGACUUCUACGCGCAGUUUAACGUCACGAAGAUCGGCAUGAUGCGGACGUACACGUGCAACAAGUGCAGAAAUGGCCCCAUGGACCAGAUGAACCAGCAGACAUCGUACGCGGACCUAUCUCAAGUGUACGGAUUCAAUACUCAAGUCACAACCUCCGUGCGAAAAUUCCGAAGUGGUCUCAUGCUGAGUCAGGACAUUGGUGGCGCUGAGUACAUGGCGGACAGCCUCUUGCCUUACGCCGACAACUGUAGUCUCCCGGAACAGAACGCCUUUUGUUCGAGAGCAGGAGACGUCCGGGUCAACCAACAGCCUGGCCUACUAUCAAUGCAAACACUGUGGAUGCGAGAGCACAACCGCAUCGCCCGUCAACUGGCAUGCAUCAACCCGCAUUGGAACGAUGAGAGGCUUUUCCAGGUCACCAAGAGGAUCCAGGAGGGGCGUUAUCAGCACAUCCUCUUUUCUGAGUGGCUGCCAUGGCAACUGGGUCCAAGAGUGAUGGAGGAGUACGACCUCAGCGUCAUUAACACGGGCCGCACCACUUACGACGACACGCUGGAUGCCACACUGCGCAACGAAUUCUCAUCCGCCCACUUUCGCUACGCACAUACCAACGUGCCUGGUGCAUACCGGAGGAUUGACCAGAAAGGACAAAAAUUGGCUGUUCUCAAACUGAAAGACGCCUACUUCGUGCCACUGAAUGACACCUACCAUCCCGUAGACGACGUUCUCCGGGGAUCAGUUGAACAGCCGAUGGAACCAUUCAACAGGUUCGGCGACCACGGCGUCACGCAUUUUCUCUUCCGGCGGCCCUGGCUUCCAUACGGCGAUGACCUGUUUGCCAUCGACACUCAGAGGGCCCGAGACCACGGCGUUCGACCUUACGUUGACUGGGUUAAGCAGUGCCAGAACAUCACCAUCACCAACUUCGACGACCUCCACCAGGUGAUGCCCGAGGAGACGGCCCAGCUUUACGAGAAAGUCUACGAGGAUGUUCGAGACAUCGAUCUUGUUUCGGGAGCCCUAUCCGAGACACGCCUCGACGGAGCAGAGCUUGGUGCCACCUUCGCUUGUGGUGUAGCCAGGCAGUUUCGCCUACUGAAAUACGCUGACAGGUUUUACUACGAGCAUGCCAACCAGUCGGGUUCCUUUAGUGAUGAUCAAUUGGAUACCAUAAGGAAAACCACACUGACGAAGAUUCUGUGCGAGAACGUUGCAGGAAUGGACGGCACCGCAACUAAUCGAAAUGCCUUCCUGCGUCCCACUAACGAAGAUGAUACAGUAAUGUGCAGUGACCUACCAGAUGUCGAUCUCACGAAAUGGAAGGAGGAGCAUGGAAGCGAAGAACACAGCAGUGAAGACAACUGCUCUAGCAUGCCAACGAAAAUUUAAAAUGUGCAUGUUAAGAAGGACAUGCUUACCGAUAUCGUGAAUGUUACGCAUGCAGCAUGCACCGAACUUAGCGCCAGCCAAUCGAGCGCACAUUUUCUUCUUACUUCUCCCCUGCCAAAUAUUUACGAAUUCGCCACUGUUUUCGUCGUUCUGCAGUCGGCUAACCUUAUU